AUGGGAGAUGAGAAGCUUUCACGCCACACGUCUUUGAAGAGAGCCAGGUCUCUAUCUGAAUCCAUCAAAGGUUUGUUCAAACCUUCGGGUAUAUCAGGUGGUAGCAGUACUGGGCAACCUUCACCGCGUCCAGGUCAGGACCAGGCGCAUCCACAUCAACCUGCAAGAAUCAUCACUAGUAAUGUAUCUUCUCCAUCUGUAUCCCCCAUACAAAGUCCUGUUUUACAAGUGGCUCCCAAACAUCAUAAACUGGGUGUCCCUAAUAUUGCUAAGUUAUCAUUAUCGCCUAGCAGGGAACCAUCUUUGAAUUCGGAAAAUGAAAUGUUCUCGCAGGAAUCUUUUAUAAGUGAGAAGGAUGAAGAUGAAGCCAAUUUGUUAGAGAGAGAAGAGCUUCAAAAUAAAAAUGAAGAGCAAAAUCGAAUGAAACAGGCGCGUUCAAAGGACGCUCAUGUGCCUCAUCAUCGUUAUACAAUAGGCAGCGAUGAGGCUGAAAGGCGACCAAGGGAAAGACAGAAAAACUUUCCGCAAAAUGCUGGUCAACCAAAUCCGACAAAUAACAGUGCUAAUCAUGUUUUGGACCAGGAAAAUAAUUUUUCUAUUGACGCUAUGCUUGAUUAUGACGACGAAUCCAAAUUUAGAAGAAGAAACAGUUUGGGUGUACGUACCAACAGUAACCGGACAAGAAGCAGGAAGAAUAGUUUGUCCACACCAAGAUCGCCACCUAUGAAAACUGUAAAUGAUGGGGCAAAUCCCAAUGCCAGCAAUAAUGCUAUUAAUAAUACAAGCAAUAGAGUAUAUAUGAGAGGAAGAAACCAUUCAGAUUCUAUUAGUGCCUCCAGUUUGCCGAAAUUUCAAGAAAUCGAAUGCAAGUGUAUUUUGGACUUAGAACAAUUUAAAGUUUUUGAGAACGGAUAUCAUGAACAUAAUCUAAAAGUCUUGCCUAUUAUCGAAAAUAAUAAAAACGUGGACAGCGGCGAAGAUAAGGACGCAGAUGCCCCUGCAAACAACGGUGAAGAUGGCGACAACGAUCUCGAAACGAAUAUUCAUAAACAAAAGUCUGUAUUUUCAUUAAGCGGAUUAUUCAAAUAUCAUAAAGAUGCGAAUCAACAGCAACAACAACAAGAAGAAGACGAUGAUCAAAUCAAUUUGGAGAAGGCCUUUUCGAUAAUACCAUCCCAGAAAUUUAUCAAAUCUCAAGUGUUGAAAAAAUCAAGAACUAGUACUCCCAAAAAUGGUAAUAAUGAUGAACUGAUGAAAAAUGAUGGUAAAAAUAUCCCGCAAAUUGUGAACCCUAAUGCUGCAGUAGGCGCCGAAGAAUUAAAGUUAAUUAAUGCAUUGUCUGAGAAGAUACGAAAAGGUCUGAAAAGCGAAAACGCAAAGAAUAGUGGCAGUGAAACCAGAAGUAAUAGCAACAAGCAGGAAGUUAUCGACGACACCGAGAACAAGUCUCGAACAGCAAACAAUGACACUUCUCACAGGCCUUGUUCUCAAAAAUACGGAAAAUCCAUUGGAGUAGUCGGUGCAGGCGCAUACGGGGUCGUUAAAAUUUGUGCAAGAUGCAAAACUUCCAAAGAUAUAUUACCGUAUAGUACCUAUUCUAGCGGGAAAAAAUUAUUUUUCGCAGUCAAAGAGUUGAAACCCAAACCAGGUGAUCCAAUUGAUAAGUUUUGUACUAGAUUAACUUCUGAAUUUAUUAUUGGACAUUCAUUAAGUCAUCCGCAUUUUGAAGCAAAUACAGCAGUUUCGGGUAGUAUUGCAAGACCUACACCACCAAGACAUGUUUUCAAUGCGCCAAACAUUUUGAAAAUUCUGGAUCUAAUGGAAUAUAACAACUCCUUUGUAGAAGUUAUGGAGUUUUGUGCGUCCGGUGAUCUAUAUUCAUUAUUAACCAGAAAUAAUAUUUCCAGUGAGGCAAAUAAUGGUAGUUCAAGAUUGAAGGAAGGUUCUGGGAGCCCAUUGCAUCCUCUAGAAGCUGACUGCUUUAUGAAACAGCUAUUAAAUGGUGUUCAGUAUAUGCAUGAUCAUGGGAUCGCACAUUGUGAUUUAAAGCCAGAGAAUAUUCUGUUCCAACCAAAUGGGUUGUUGAAGAUUUGUGAUUUUGGUACAAGUUCGGUUUUCCAAACAGCAUGGGAAAAACAUGUUCAUUUUCAAAGUGGGGCCAUGGGUUCAGAGCCAUACGUUGCGCCUGAAGAGUUCAUAAGGGAUAUGGAAUACGAUCCACGAUUAGUGGACUGUUGGAGUUGUGGCAUUGUCUACUGUACAAUGAUUAUGGGGCAGUAUCUUUGGAAAAUUGCCAUUCCUGAAAAGGACUCCCUGUUCAAAUCUUUCCUCAGCGAAAUCAAAAAUGAUGGACAGUUUUAUCUCUUUGAGGAAUUAAGACAUGUCAGUAGUGAACUAAACAGAUUGAGAAAGAUCGCAUUGUAUAGAACAUUCCAGGUCGACCCGACCAAAAGAAUCUCCGUUGAACAACUGUUGCAAAGCUCUUGGAUGAGAAGGACGAAGUGCUGUGUAGUUUAUAGACCCUUACACAACAAGGUGAGUAAAUAA